AUGGCCCACAACGACCCCUUCCCGGUACACCUGGCCCCCGAGCCACUUCCUGACCGGAGUGACACGAGGAGCCCGUGCCGAACCACAAUCAGCCACUUCGAUGACUCCUCGGACGACGAUGACGGCUACCUGGAUGCUGAAGAGGAGCCACCGAGCCCGGCGGUCUCGAGUCGACCCAACAUCCCACUGCACCCCAUUGCAUCUAUGCAGGACGCCUUCGCCGAGUCCCUGGAUGAAGCUACCAAGGGCAGUCUCGAGCAGAAGCCGAAAUUGAGAAUCCUGGAUGCCAAAGCGCGACGGGAGAAGUUGCUUGACGAGGACAAAUCCGAAGGUCCGCCGAACCGACUUUGGCGCUUCCGACCCGGUCAGAGGUGCCACGAGCUGAGGAAGCUGAUGGCCCAGAUAUCGUUCGGUGUCUACCUGCUCAUAAAUGGCAUGGCGAACAGCAACGCCCAGGUCCUUUCCAUUCUGCAGGGCCAUAUCGACGAGGUCGACGAGUUUUUGGAGGCGGCCAUGGAGGAUGUAAAAUUGGCAACCCAGGACUUGAACGAGCGGCUUGACUUUUUGAAACUGCCAAUGGAGAACAUGGAGAUCUUUGAGCAGAUGCUGGAAAACAGGAAAUUCCGCCUACAAAUCGUCGAGGGCAACGUCAAAAUCGAGCACAUCCUUUCACGGACCUCGACUGCCCACACGCAGACCAUCCGCGACAUAUCCGAGGGCCUCCGCGCGGCGAAGCAGUUUUCGCAAUACCUGGCAGAUAAUGAGAAGGGUCAAUGGCGGCAGGAGCGAUCUGACGUGGUAGACGUCUUCGAUGCGAUGAGGGGCAACACUGAAGGUUGGUACAACGCCUUUACGGGCCUGGAGUCACAAAGCACCCUUCUUAGCGGUCUCUGUGUUCGUCUGAGCACAAUGAUUGUGGAGAUCGACAAGAGGGCUGGGGAGGUUAGUCGACGGACAAGGUUCACCCUGGAACCAUACUCGGACCCGGAUGGGCGACCUAUCCCUCGCUCCCCAGAAAGCCCUGCGCACGCCACACCGCCGCCCUCGCCCCCAGUAUCCAAGGCCGAUGGUCCUCCACGCAUCAGGACCCUGUAUUUUGGUGCACCGAUGACCUCGCUUCUCGAGGCUCCCGAGAGCCCUGUCUGCUUUGAGCUCCCUGCGAGAUCGGCAAAGAGAAUUACACAAGAUUCUGAUACUAUGAGGGAUAGUCUGCCCGCAUUUCAAUACACGCCUCCCGAAAGCUCAAAGACAAUACCAGAACUAGUGGUUGAGCAAGCAGUUCGACAAGACGAGGACGCAGAGGUUGACGAGUCUAGUGACGACGAAUCAGAGAGCUCGGCCGAUGAUGGUAAUGACAACGAUAACGGGUUAUUUAUCCUGCAGCCAAGAACUUACACUCCAGUGCCCCCGGCGCCCAUACCGUCCCCACGAGUCUCGGCUGCACCACGGCCGACGCCCGAAGAGAUCAGCAUUCAUAUCGAGGCCGAGGAGGACGAUGAUGACACGCAGUCAGAGGAUUGGUUGCGCGAAUCUGCCAUCAUCGUACCGCUGCCCCCUCCCCGUCAGAGGACAGCACCGCAUCCAGACCCUCAUCCGAGGCCGUUGCAGAUAAAGCAGAGGCAAACGGCAGAACCACAUGAGUUGGAAGCGCAGGUUUCACAUCGGACUUCUUUGAGAGAUCGAGUAUCGCUCAAGAUCGAACUUCCAAAAGACAUACACGUGCCGGCGGCCAACGCGUUAGAACUCCAACUACCACGCUUCCCCACACCGAAGGACUCAGCGCAAGGUUCGCCACGCAGUAAUCGACCUCAGAAUCCCGCUCGCGGUUCUGAAAUGGACGCACAUCACCACAACAACGACGCUGCGAAACAAUACGCCAGCGUCGAUUACACACCUCCGGCGUUUCCAAACCUUAUUCCGUCACCCGCCUCUGAACACCAGUACUUCCGCCCUGUUCAAGCUAGCCCUCACUCGCCCUUACAGCAACGCCCUCACACCGCCGGAACGGUUGGCAACAGGCCCGGGAAUCAUCAACGCAACGCUCCAUCUCAGAUGGGUAUGAGCAUGCUCAGCAACGUGACGACGAUGACCCAGGACACCUCCGGCACCAACCGAACGGUGAAGAAGAAGCGCAGCGCUUUUGGCUGGCUGAAGAAGGCAUUUUCGCUCGACGAGGAAGAGCGGGCGGCGUUCGAGGAGAGAAGGCGUCAGCAGCCUGUCAAUCACUACUAUGACGGUCGAAGCCCGAAAUUCCUCGACGGCAAGCGGAUGGAUCACCCGCCAUCUAGGCCGGCAUCCAGCCGACCGACCACUGGGCGACCGCCGACGGGACGGCCAACGACCGGACGAACUUAUACGUAA